UCUACAUCUCUACAUGCGAUUACACCACAGAACAACACCCUGUAAACAGAAGAGCUGGGAACACACAAAGUCACACACAUAAAAAAGAAAGACAGAGAGGAGGGAGCUGAUAAGAAACUGUAGGAUAAAACUGAGGUUUCAUAUAGUCAUUCAGACAGAGAGAAGAACAGUUUUACUCAGUCCAACGCCAUACAAAGAAUGAUGAAGUUCCUCAUAUUGUCUGUUGUUCUUGUGCUGGUCGUGACAGGCGGCUCGGCUCUGGAAUGCCUGCACUGUGUCCCAGAGAAAGCAGGAGGGGCUUGCGAGACCACCUUCGUAACCUGUCCACCGGACAAAGACGCGUGUGCCACUGCCAAGUUCAGCAGAAGCCCAUACGGACAUUACCAGAAGUGCAUGUCCAUGUCAGGCUGUGAGAUGGUGAAACAGAACGCUUUCAUCAACAUCAAGUGCUGUCAGAAGGACUUCUGCAACACCUUUGACUGAUCGGUCGCUGCUAUAUAUCUGCAUGCUCAUAAAACAGCUUUCAAUGUAAUAUAGUAUGAAUCUAGUUACAUGUGUUUAUGCAUGUUUUUUGUUGUUGUUGAAUUUCUGAAUAAAAAGUUGGUAUGUAUCAAGUUGGUCAUUAAUAUUCAAAUAAAGCAUGCUAGAAUUUGUGUUGAUUA